UUAGUUUAAUUGUGAUGUGUUUUGCUGAGACUGUAACAACAAAUUUUCUUACAUCGAGCAUAAAUAUUUAUAAAGAUCUGUCUAAAGCAAGAGUUCUUUAAAACUCACCAUAAGAACAUCUUAUUCUAAACCUCAGACAUAAAAGGCAACGGGCGACACGCACUAGUCAGAUURGCUGAAUAAACGCACCUGGUUUAAAACACACCUGGUUUUCCGUCGCCUCUCUGACCUUCAUCCUCUGCAAGCUGCGUGCGCGUUCUCGGGUGCGUCGCGCGGUCACGUUGAUUUGCUGUCACGAGCUUUAUCCGAGCGGUGAGCUGGACGUUUUAACGGACACCGUCUGUUUUAACCAAGUUUAAUUUGUGAAUGAAAGGCAGCGCUGCAGAUUUCUGUCGUCGGUAGUCGGUCAGACUGCGCUGCUGCUCCGGUCAGCUCCGGUAACUGAACGGUAAUGCUAACCAGCUAACUAGCUAGCUGUUGGGAUAGCUAAACGGUGCGUGACUCGAAGUAACUCCUCAUUAAAUAGUCGGACAUCAUUCUAAUUAACACRUCUGACUGCAGUCAUCUUGGAGACAUCCAAACACUUACGGAAGCCCCGAGCUGUCCGGUUCGAGUCCAGCGGCUGCCCAGAGUCGGAUUGUUUGCCAGAGAAGGCCGGAGUCUGAGGACCGAAAGCUGCCAUCAUGCCGGCUGUGUCGAAGGGAGACGGGAUGCGAGGAUUAGCGGUCUUCAUCUCGGACAUUAGGAAUUGUAAGAGCAAGGAAGCCGAGAUCAAGAGGAUAAAUAAAGAGCUGGCCAAUAUCCGCUCCAAGUUUAAAGGGGACAAGGCCCUGGAUGGCUACAGUAAGAAGAAGUAUGUGUGCAAGCUGCUCUUCAUCUUCCUGCUCGGCCAUGACAUCGAUUUUGGACACAUGGAGGCAGUUAACCUGCUGAGCUCCAACAAGUACACAGAGAAACAGAUCGGGUACUUGUUUAUCUCAGUGCUGGURAACAGCAACAGUGAGCUCAUCCGUCUGAUCAACAACGCCAUCAAGAACGACCUGUCCAGCAGGAACCCUACCUUCAUGUGCCUGGCCCUGCACUGCAUCGCCAAUGUGGGCAGCCGGGAGAUGGCAGAGGCCUUCGCCAGCGAGAUCCCUCGCAUCCUGGUGGCUGGGGAUACGAUGGACAGUGUAAAGCAGUCUGCUGCCCUCUGUCUGCUGCGGCUCUAUAAAACCUCUCCUGACUUGGUUCUGAUGGGGGAGUGGACUUCACGUGUGGUGCACCUGCUCAACGACCAACACAUGGGUGUGGUGACUGCAGCCAUAUCUCUCAUCACCUGUCUGAGCCAGAAAAACCCAGAUGAGUUCAAGACGUGCGUCUCGCUGGCCGUUUCCAGACUCAGCAGAAUCGUGUCGUCAGCCUCCACUGACCUGCAGGACUACACCUACUACUUUGUGCCAGCUCCGUGGCUGUCCUGUAAGCUGCUGCGUCUGCUGCAGUGUUACCCUCCACCAGAAGAUGGGGCUGUGAAAGGUCGUCUGGUGGAGUGCUUGGAGACCAUUCUCAACAAAGCUCAGGAGCCGCCCAAGUCCAAAAAGGUUCAGCAUUCCAACGCCAAGAAUGCUAUCUUGUUUGAGGCUAUAUCACUUAUCAUCCACUACGACAGUGAGCCAAACCUCCUGGUGCGAGCCUGUAAUCAGCUCGGUCAGUUCCUGCAGCACAGAGAGACUAACCUGCGCUACCUGGCUCUGGAAAGCAUGUGCACUUUGGCCAGCUCUGAGUUUUCACAUGAAGCUGUAAAGACCCACAUCGAGACGGUCAUCAACGCCCUCAAGACUGAAAGAGAUGUGAGCGUUCGACAGCGAGCAGCUGACCUGCUGUAUGCCAUGUGUGACCGCAGUAACGCCAAGCAGAUUGUAGCAGAGAUGCUGAGCUACCUGGAGACGGCAGACUACUCCAUCAGAGAGGAGAUGGUGCUGAAAGUGGCCAUACUUGCAGAGAAGUAUGCUGUGGACUACUCYUGGUAUGUAGACACCAUUCUGAACCUCAUCCGCAUUGCUGGGGACUACGUCAGCGAAGAGGUGUGGUACCGCGUCAUUCAGAUCGUCAUCAACAGAGACGAUGUGCAGGGCUACGCUGCCAAGACCGUGUUUGAGGCCUUGCAAGCCCCGGCCUGCCAUGAGAACAUGGUGAAAGUUGGAGGCUACAUUCUGGGAGAGUUUGGGAACCUGAUUGCUGGUGACCCGCGGUCCAGCCCCCUGGUCCAGUUCAACCUUCUCCACUCCAAAUUCCACCUUUGCUCCGUGCCGACUCGUGCCCUCUUGUUGUCGGCCUACAUCAAGUUCAUCAACCUGUUCCCAGAGACCAAGGCCACCAUCCAGGAAGUGCUGCGCUGCGACAGCCAGAUCCGCAACUCCGACGUGGAGCUGCAACAGCGAGCUGUCGAGUAUCUGAAGCUCUCUUCUAUUGCCAGUACCGAUGUCCUGGCCACAGUUCUGGAGGAGAUGCCUCCGUUCCCAGAGAGGGAGUCAUCAAUUCUGGCGAAGCUGAAGAAGAAGAAGGGCCCCGGGGCCGUUUCUGUAACGGAGCUGGAAGACGGGAAGAGGGAGGGUGGCGAGUUGAAYGGAGGCAGCGACCGUGGGCCGGAUGCAGCAGCCAUGGCUGCCUCUAAUGCUUCCACCCCAUCACCAUCAGCAGACCUCCUCGGCAUUCGUUCCACCGCUCCAGUUAAUACUGCUCCACCCAGCACCGGCAGCCUACUGGUAGAUGUUUUCUCAGAGGCGGGGCCGGCUGCACCUUCUGCUGCCGUCAAUGAUGACGGCUUCCUAAGCUCUGCUCCUCCCUCUGAGGAUCCUGCUCCUCCUCUGUCUGAAGCAGACGAGCUGCUCGAAAAGUUUGUGUGUAAGAACAACGGUGUUCUGUUUGAGAACCAGCUGCUACAGAUCGGCAUCAAGUCAGAGUAUCGUCAGAAUCUUGGGAGGAUGUAUUUGUUCUACGGAAACAAGACAUCAGUGCAGUUUGCCAGCUUCAGCACCACAGUCAGCUGUCCUGGAGAGCUCCAGUCUGAGCUGAAUGUUCAGUCCAAACCUGUGGAGCCGCUGGUGGAGGGUGGAGCCCAGAUCCAGCAGGUUCUGAACAUCGAGUGUUUGACGGACUUCAGUGACGCCCCGCUCCUCAACAUUAAGUUCAGAUACGGAGGAGCUCUGCAGAACCUGACCCUUAAACUGCCAGUCACCAUCAACAAGUUCUUCCAGCCCACUGAGAUGGCCUCACAAGACUUCUUCCAGCGCUGGAAGCAGCUGAGCCAACCUCAGCAAGAAGCACAAAAAAUCUUCAAGGCCAACCACGGUAUGGACACUGAAGUCAUCAAGGCAAAGUUGCUGGGAUUAGGGAUGGCCCUGCUGGACAACGUUGAUCCAAACCCAGAGAACUAUGUGUGUGCUGGAGUGAUCCAGACCAAGGGCCAGCAGGUUGGUUGCCUGCUCAGACUGGAGCCAAAUGCACAGGCACAGUCCAGUUCAUCC